AAAUAUUUUUCUUUGAGUGUAUGAAUACUAGGAUGGUUCUUAGCAGGAAUUGUGUAUGGAUUUAAUGUAUAUGCAAUCUCUCUGAAAGAAACAUUCAACUAUACUCAGACUGAACUGGAUUACAUAGCAUCAAGUGGUGAUUGGGGAGAAUGUUUGCAGUUUCCAGCAGGGAUGGUUUUUGACAGGUUUGGUCCAAGGGUGACAUGUACCGUCUCCCUUAUCAUCACAACAAUGGGAUUUUUACUCAUGUGGAGUGCAACAACUUUUAGAAUAUUCUUCAGCUCAAAAAGUUGGCUUGUGUGUAUUUUUUAUUUUCUGACAGGAUUUGGACCCACGUUUAUUGCCCUAGCAUCUAUGGCAGUGAAUUGUAAGAACUUUGACAAGAAACAUUUGGGUAAAGUACUCGGCCUCCUUAAUGCCAUAUUUGGGCUUACUCCUGCAGUAAUAAUUCCUAUUUAUCAAGGAUUAUUCGUACAAGGACACAUUGAAGAUGCAGCGAAUCAAAAGUUAGGAGAGUUUAUGUUAAUGCUUACUGUAUUAUCAGCUUGUAUAUGUAUAUUUGGUGUUGUGAUGCUAAAACCAGUUCCUGAAGAAACUCCAUAUGAUGAGAUUGAACAAACGGGAGAGACUGAUAUGGAUGUGAAAAAUGAUGUACGUAGCAAUAAACCCAUGGAGAUACAUAAAAACAUUAAUGAUAGAACAGCCCUUGUUCUAGAGAAAACAACAAAGCAGAUACCACAAGAUAUGAAUUGUUGGCAAAUGAUGCAAACACCUCAGUUUUAUUAUAUUUUUGUGAUUUCUCUGACAGUUGGGGGUAUUUGUGUAGCAGUUGUAAAUAAUGUCACAAUUAUAUUGGAAUCUGCAGAGACUGAUAUAAAUCUAAUAACUUUCACAUCUAUAGUCCCAAUUUUUGCAUCCAUUGGGCGAUUAUUUGGUGGGGUGAUACCAGAUCAUGUAUUCCAGAAAUGGCCGGCCAUUCCAAAGGCAUCAAUUCUGUUUUUUCCGGUCAUACUUACAUGUAUCAGUCAAGUAGUCUUCAUAUUUUUUAAUGGAAGAUUCAUUGGUUUGAUAUGUGCUUCUGUAAUGGUAGCCCUAGCAUAUGGUGUUGUAUUUG